AUGAAAACCUGUUUGUUCAAAAAUCAGGUAAAACCAUUAGCAUAUCAGAGCUAUCAUCUGGGAAUAGUGGUGCAGUGUUCAGAUGAAGUAGAGAACAAGGGACCCGUUGCGAUGAAGGAUCUUCAAGUGGGCGACCGCGUCCUUGCGAACGCCAAGGAUGGAUUCGAGCCCGUGUAUGCUUUUGGGCAUAGGGAACCAACGGGGGAGGGCACUUUCUUGCGCUUCUUCACUGAGAAAGGCAACAGCGCUCCCUUGGAACUGACGGGAGAGCAUUUGGUGUUUGUCCAUGGCAAGACAAAUCCUGUCCGCGCGGACUCCAUCCAGGUUGGGGAAGUUCUGCAAGGCGCAGUCUUGACUGCCAAGGUUUCCAAGAUUGGCAGGGUCGUACGCAAAGGUCUCUACGUUCCUCUCACGCCCUCUGGAACUGUGGUGGUCGACGGAAUGCAGGCGUCCUCCUAUAUUUCUCUUCAGAAAGACUCCGCAGAGUACAUUGAAUUGCGGGGUGGGUGGCAAAUCAUGCCUUUCCAGGACUACGUUCACUUGGCAUUGUCGCCAUUCCGAUUGCAUCCCUUGUUCUACUUGGCGUUUUUGCUGGUUGUUGUGGCUCUAACGGGAGCCUGUAUGGUGCUGGAGGCUGCUGUUGGAAGAUUGGGAGUCCCCCCCAUCGUGGGCAUGAUUGUGGCAGCGACGGUCAAGGCAGCUAUGAAACAGCAAUGCAUCUACAUGCGCUCUCAAAAGAAAAUGUCUGCCUAGUUUCGAGGUUGGAAGGGUAGUCCUUGCUUCAUAAUCAACUAUCGGUAUGCCCAUACGGUAGCUCUGUCAUUGCAUUUCAAGCUGACACAGAAAAGGCAUACAAUCGACCCAGAAUUUGUCGCGGCCAACGACUUGGAGUCUAUAGAUUUGUAAGGAUGU